GGAAACUGAGAAAGCUUUAAGGAAGAAAGAGUGGAAUACAGGGGAGGGGAAAAAAGAGAAAGUUGACUUAAGUUUUUGAAAACAAAAUUGAAAUGACGAAUUACUGUUAGAUGUAGAACUCAAGACUAAAGAACUGGGCUAUAAGUGAGAAAUGGGACCACUGGAAUGACUCAAAGAAAAAACAAUUCUACGAGGAUAAGAAAAGAAACCAUAUCCUUGGCUUUCUAUAUUUUUUCUAUAUAUAUAUUAUUUUUUUGUUUCUUGCUGUAAUUAGCACAGCUACUGUUGUAUCGUUUCACUUUCACACUCAAUUCUUUCGCCAUCAUACUGUAUAAACAGCCCCGUUCUCUCUUUGCUCUACUGUGUUGCUCCUCCUCCUCCUCCCCUUCAUUCGUCUGCAUUAAGCUUCUUCUUCAUCUCUCCGCUGCUCCGAGACCCCGGGCGGCAGCAAGUGCUUAGGGGAGCUCCUCAGAAGACCAGACCAUCGUGAACACUGGAGCUGCUGCUGGUCUCCAGUCAUCCUCCCAGCAUGAGGACAAGGGAGAAGGGGAGCACCACUCCUCCUUAUGUAUGUGUCCUAGAAGAGAGAGAGAGGGGUUAAAAAAAAAGUAGGCAGUGAGCUUGUUAGUGAUGCAGAAUUUGUGGAAAGAAAGAUUAAAAAAAAAAAAAGAACAGAAAUAGAGAUUUGAGGGAAUGAAUGAAAAAUAACAUGAGUGAUUCAGGAAAGAGCAGGAGCAGAGUGGCACUGAGGGAGUGAGCAAAUAGGAGCAGGAGGGAGGGAGUAAGACGGAGAGAGAGAGAGAGAGAGAGGGACGGAGAGGGAGGGAGGGAGGGAGGGAGGGAGGCGAAACAACACUGCAGACACUCGCCCACUGUCACUGCUCCACAGCCAGAGGACGGAGGCAGCAGCGAUGGAGGAGGACGACUGUACCAUCAUCCAUCGGUACCUCAGCCUCCAACUGUGACUGACUGAUGGACUCAGUAACUCUCACACUGAGUAAGUGACUGACUGAGGGAGCGAGCGGUGCCACCAUCCUGGACCAUCCUGCCAGGGAAGGAGAGAGAAAUUAAAUCCAAGAAAAGGAAAGAAAACAACUUUUUUUUUUCUGACCUUCACUUGAAACCAAAGACUGGUGCUGAACUCGUGGAUCAUCUCCUCCUGCUGGACCGACCUUCCCCCAAAACACAAAAACAUUAUUUUGUACUUCUUGUUGGACUAUUUUGUUUUUGGACUCUCCUCAUUUUUCAUCAUUUCUUGACUUCUUGAACUGGGUGGAUUUACUUUUUUGGAAUCCCUGUACCAUGGGGCCAGAUUGGAGGGGCUCAGCAGGGGCAGUAGCAGCAGUGACCCUCAGGAAAAGGACAGAGGGGGCCAGGUAUCUUUUAGGGACUCUGCUGCUGCUGCUGUUCGUCUGUGGUUUCUGGACGGCUGGAGCUCAGACGGACGAUGGGCUGUCAGUCUACUUCUGGGAAACAGGUUCUUGGGGCAGGUGUAUGGGCAGCGAGUGUGGCCCAGGUGGCAGCCAAAGCCGGGCUGUCUGGUGUGCCCAUGUGGAUGGCUGGACGACGCUUCACACCAACUGUGACCAGAGCCAACGACCGUCCAAUCAGAGGAACUGUUUCCAUGUGUGUGACUGGCACAAAGACCUUUAUGGAUGGGAACUCGGUUCCUGGAACCUGUGUGUUCCAGUGUCAACGAGGACCUUCGUGGCCUCACGCCUGUUUAUGUGCAGUGGGGGUGAAGAGGGUAUUCAGACCCGGGACGUGGGCUGCACACUGAAGUCAGAUGGAUCUCCGGCUGAGGAUUCUAUCUGUGAGUAUUUCGAACCCAGACCUCGUCAGGAGCAGGCGUGUUUGAUCCCCUGCCCUCAGGACUGCGUGGUGUCAGAAUAUUCACCCUGGACGUCCUGCUCCAAGACAUGUGGGACAGGACUCAGGAACAGAGUCCGCAGUGUUCUGGUUCCUCCACUUUUCGGAGGCACCAUUUGCCCCAAUCUGACGGAGUUUCAGUCCUGCAGACCAGGACCCUGCACCGGUCCAGAGGGCAUGUACAGUCUCAGGGUCGGACCGUGGAAUCCCUGUGUUCUUCCGCAGACUCGGACAACGCGACAAGCCAAACGCAGGAAGGGCAAAGGACAGGGUCUGAGAGACAGAGGUGGAGUCAAAGAUCCAGAGACCAGGGAACUGAUCCAAAAGAAACGCACCAGGAACCGCCUUAACCGUCAGGAGAGUCCAUUCUGGGACAUCCAGGUGGGAUACCAAACCCGCGACGUGAUCUGCACACACAGGAAUGGGAGCGGGGUGACACGAAGAUGUGAAGUGGGCCGGACCAGUUCUUGGGGCAGGUGUAUGGGCAGCGAGUGUGGCCCAGGUGGCAGCCAAAGCCGGGCUGUCUGGUGUGCCCAUGUGGAUGGCUGGACGACGCUUCACACCAACUGUGACCAGAGCCAACGACCGUCCAAUCAGAGGAACUGUUUCCAUGUGUGUGACUGGCACAAAGACCUUUAUGGAUGGGAACUCGGUUCCUGGAACCUGUGUGUUCCAGUGUCAACGAGGACCUUCGUGGCCUCACGCCUGUUUAUGUGCAGUGGGGGUGAAGAGGGUAUUCAGACCCGGGACGUGGGCUGCACACUGAAGUCAGAUGGAUCUCCGGCUGAGGAUUCUAUCUGUGAGUAUUUCGAACCCAGACCUCGUCAGGAGCAGGCGUGUUUGAUCCCCUGCCCUCAGGACUGCGUGGUGUCAGAAUAUUCACCCUGGACGUCCUGCUCCAAGACAUGUGGGACAGGACUCAGGAACAGAGUCCGCAGUGUUCUGGUUCCUCCACUUUUCGGAGGCACCAUUUGCCCCAAUCUGACGGAGUUUCAGUCCUGCAGACCAGGACCCUGCACCGGUCCAGAGGGCAUGUACAGUCUCAGGGUCGGACCGUGGAAUCCCUGUGUUCUUCCGCAGACUCGGACAACGCGACAAGCCAAACGCAGGAAGGGCAAAGGACAGGGUCUGAGAGACAGAGGUGGAGUCAAAGAUCCAGAGACCAGGGAACUGAUCCAAAAGAAACGCACCAGGAACCGCCUUAACCGUCAGGAGAGUCCAUUCUGGGACAUCCAGGUGGGAUACCAAACCCGCGACGUGAUCUGCACACACAGGAAUGGGAGCGGGGUGACACGAAGCCUCUGCACAUAUAGAGACCUGCCACUGACCAUCCAGUCCUGUGUGCUGUCCAAGGACUGUCAGGUGACUGACUGGAGCCAAUGGGGCCCCUGCUCCAAAACCUGCAGGGAUAUACAGUCCCCAGCAGGAAAUCGCACCCGGAGCAGACAGGUACUCCAGUUCCCCGUAGGCGAAGGUGGAGAGUGUCCACCGCUGGAGGAGAUGCAGCCGUGUGAACCUCAGGAGGAGCAAGCGUUGCCAUGUACUAUGUACACCUGGAAAACCACAGAGUGGAGCGACUGUAGAGUUGACUUGUUGCUCAGCCAGCAGGACCGUCGACGCAGCAAUCUGACGGGUCUUUGUGGAGGAGGUCUGCAGACCAGAGAGGUUUACUGUGUCCAGGCCAAUGUUAAGCUGCAGAAAGGCCUCAGCGACGACGACAAAGCUUCCCAACCUGUGGAGAACAGACUGUGCCAGCGGCCGAUCCCUAACAGGUCUCAGCUUUGCCAUGUCCCCUGUCCAAUAGAGUGUGAGGUCUCGCCCUGGGGUGCCUGGGGGCCCUGCACCUAUGAAAACUGUGAAGACCAGAGUGGGAAGAAAGGUUUUAAACUAAGGAGACGACGGAUCACCAACCAGCCGACAGGAGGUUCAGGAAACUGCCCCCACCUGGUGGAGGCACUGCCUUGUGAUGAUCCCUCCUGUUACUACUGGCAGCUGGUCAGCCUGGAUCAGUGUGUCCCCGGAGACGGGAGGACGUGUGGCCCCGGAGCUCAGCUGGCUCAGGUCCAGUGUGUCAACAGCAGUGGAGAUGUGGUGGACCAAAACCUCUGCUCCUCGUCUUCCCCUCCUGGACCCAUUCCCUGUGUGGUUCCCUGCUCCAGGGACUGUGUCCUCAGCGACUGGACCCCCUGGUCCACCUGCUCUCAGACCUGCUCCAGUAAGACCAUCGAGGGGAAGCAGAUGAGGAUUCGCUCCAUCCUGGCGUAUAAUGCUGGAGAAGGCGGUGCUCUCUGCCCAAACAGCAGUACUCUUCAGGAAGUACGUAAUUGUAACGAACACGCCUGUACGGUUUACCACUGGCAGACUGGACCCUGGGGCCCAUGCACGGAAGACUCCUCCUCAUUCACCCCCAACACCUCCGCUGGGGGCCCUCAGGGUUCCUGCUCCAUGGGAAUGCAGACCCGUAAAGUCAUCUGUGUGCGGGUCAACGUAGGACAGGUGCCUCCCAAGAAGUGUCCAGAGGGUCCUCGCCCCAGCACAGUGAGAAGCUGUCAGCUACCCUGUAAAAAGGACUGCAUCGUGACACCCUUCAGUGACUGGAACCCAUGCCCUGUCACCUGUGAUGCAGCCGGUAAUGUAGCGAAGAGAAAGCAAUCUAGGAAACGUCUGGUCAUCCAGCUGCCAUCUAAUGGAGGACAGGAGUGCCCAGAUGUUCUGGAAGAGGAGAAGGAUUGUGAGCUGCCUACUGUGUGUCCAGGAUACAGGUGGAAAACACACAAAUGGAGGAAGUGCCAGCUGGUCCCCUGGUUUCUCAGACAGGACAGUCCCACUGCACAGGAGACCUGUGGGCCUGGCAUACAAACCAGAGCUGUUUCCUGUCGCCAGCUGGACGGGACACAGGCAGACAUCAGCCAGUGUCUGAAGUUGGCCAAAGCCAUGCCUGUCAUCACUCAGCACUGUCAGCUGCCCUGUCAGGAUGACUGCCAGCUCACCAACUGGUCCAAGUUCUCCUCCUGCACCGCAGACUGUGUCGGGGUCCGAAGCAGGAAAAGGACGCUAAUUGGGAGGAGCAAGAAGAAAGACAAGUGCAAAAACACGCAGAUGUACCCACUGAGUGAGACCCAGUACUGUCCCUGCGACAAGUACAACGCUCAGCCGGUGGGCAACUGGUCUGACUGCAUCCUGCCCGAGGCUGAUAGAGCUGAGAGCAGCCUGGGGAUGAAAAUCCAGGGGGACGUCAAGGAGUGUGGACAGGGCUACCGCUACCAGGCUAUGGCCUGCUACGACCAGGACAACAGGCUGGUGGAGACGUCACGCUGCAACAGCCAUGGUUACAUCGAGGAAGCCUGCAUCAUCCCCUGUCCUUCAGACUGUAAACUGAGUGAAUGGUCCAACUGGUCACGCUGCAGCAAAUCCUGUGGCAGUGGGGUCAAGGUUCGCUCAAAGUGGCUUAGAGAGAAACCCUACAAUGGUGGACGACCGUGUCCUAAACUGGACCACAUCAACCAGGCUCAGGUGUACGAGGUGGUCCCGUGUCAGAGCGACUGUAAUCAGUACGUGUGGGUGGCCGAGCCAUGGAGUGUGUGGAAAGUCAGCAAUGUGGAUUUGAAAGAGAACUGUGGGGAAGGAGUCCAGACCAGAAAAGUCAGAUGCAUGCUAAACACCAUCGACGGCCCCUCGGAAUCAGUGGAGGAUUACCUCUGUGACCCUGAGGAGAUGCCACUGGGGGCGAGAGAGAGCCGACUACCCUGCCCCGAAGACUGUGUCCUGAAUGACUGGGGACCCUGGAGCCGCUGCAGCCUGCCCUGUACCCGAACCAAUAAUCGAGUUCGGACGGCGUACAUCCUCCGGUCACCCAGUGUCGGGAGGCUGUGUCCGGCCACCACAGACGGAGAGCCCUGCAGCCUGAACCUCAACUGUUUCAACUACUUCUACAACAUCACUGACUGGAGCACGUGUCAGUUAAGUCCCAACGCCGUAUGUGGGAGUGGCAUCAAGACCCGGAUGCUGGAUUGUGUUCGCAGCGACGGCAAAUCAGUGGAUUUAAAAUUCUGCAAUGAGUUGAACCUGGAGAGAAAAUGGCAGAUGAACGUCUCCUGUGUGGUGGAGUGUCCCGUCAACUGUCAGCUGUCAGAGUGGUCAUCCUGGUCCGAGUGUUUACAGACCUGCGGGCUGGAGGGUAAGAUGUGGCGUCGUCGCUCGGUGGUCCAGGCCUCUCAGGGUGAUGGCCGACCCUGUCCCUCUCAGAUGCAGCAGUGGAAGCCCUGCCCGGUCCGGCCGUGCUACCGUUGGCAGUACAGCCUCUGGUCUGAGUGUCGGGUGGAGAGUGUGGUGUGUGGACACGGCCUGCGUUACAGAAACCUGUCCUGCUUUGUGUCAGACGGCUCUGAUGAAGACAGGCUCAGCCUAGUGGAUGAGGAGCUGUGCAGCAGCCUGGAGCUCGCCGUGGACGGUGACAAGAAGAUCACACUCAAGGAGGCCUGCACUCUUCCCUGCCCAGGUGAUUGUUACCUGAUGGAAUGGUCUGACUGGAGUCCUUGUGCCAGCAUCUGCAUCAAAGGAUCUGACAUGGACUUUGGUGCUGUUCAAGCUCGUUCCCGAGCCGUUCUGGCCCAGGAGCCAGAAAACCUCCAGCUGUGUCCAGACCAGGCCUGGGAGUCUCAGUCCUGCACUGGGGGCGACUGUUACGAGUACAAGUGGCUGAUCAGCGUUGACCCGAACUCCAGCCGUCCUCUGAUCUGGUGUCAGCGCUCAGAUGGACUCAACGUCACAGGAGGCUGCCUUCCCAUCAACCCUCUGGCAACCAAUGGUUCCUGUGACCCUCCGUGUCUCAUGCCCAAGUCCUUCUGCAGUGAGGCUGGCGAUUGCAUCUGUGAGGAAGGAUUCACAGAAGUGCUGUCACCCCUGGGUCUCCUGGAUCAGUGUGCCCCCAUUCCAGUGCUGGAGAUCCCCACAGAGGGGGACAGGAAGGGGGACGUGAAGACCAGCCGAGCUAUUAAUCCCACCCAACCUGGAACUGUUCAACCUGGGAGAGCGGGACGCUCCUGGUACUUACAGCCAUAUGGACCAGAUGGGAAGCUGAAGAUUUGGGUGUACGGUGUAGCAGCUGGAGCCUUUGUGCUCCUCAUAUUCAUAGUGUCUAUGAUAUACCUAGCUUGCAAAAAGCCAAAAAGACCUCAGAGACAGAGACAACAAAAUAACCGGCUGAAGCCUCUGACUCUGGCCUAUGAUGGAGACACUGACAUGUAAACGUCCAGAGGACGCUUGAAUGACGACCUCACCAUCACCAGGAGGACGAACAAACACCUCGACAUCCUCAUGUUUGUCUCCUGUCAAGGACACGAUGUCACAGAGUGGAGACAGAGAGUCACUGUUUUUGUUGCUGAACAAAGAAAAAAGAGAAAAAGUAGCUAAAGUCUUAGGAAGGACUGACUGUUCCCACGUUUGCCAAAAGUCACUGCAGAAGGAGAAAAGACGGAUGAGGGGGUUCGAGAGAGUGAGAAGAAAAUCUGCGUUAAAAAGGUUUGGACUCAUAUUCUGCAAACAGAGGAUCUGAAUCUAAUCUCAUUUACAGUCUUAAACUACAGGAGGCUUUCCUUCUCCUCUGUCUUUCUUCGUUUUUUUCUUUUCUUUUUUUGGCUUGAUUUCGAGGCUCACAGGCUGCAGGAGUUUCUGGGAUGAACUGCUCAGUGAUCACCUGAUCUGAUCAGAUCCUCAGCACCUGUCUGACUCCACACGUCUUUGUUUUAUCGCACUAUAUUAGUGCAGCAUGAGAUGCACACGUGACUUCUGCCUUUUUAUUGCCAUUAAAUGUUCGAAUCACUGCCUCUUAGACAAGAGAGAAAAACAGAGCAGCUCAGUAUUUCAAGGACAAAAUAGGUCACUUAUUAUGACCCUUUACUGGCCCACAAGUAGACUUCACAUUUGGUCCAGAUUUAUGGAAAAAAAAAUAGAACUGACCCAGAUAAGCCCCUAUGUUGAAAAAACAGGCUUCCAAAACUAGUCUUUUUUAAAAAAAAAACAAUGUAGCCCACAUGGACCAGAUACAUACAGUAUGCAAACAGACUGGGUCUACACAUUUAUGUUGUAUGAUUUAAUCCUGGCCAAAAGACACUUCUGUUAGUUACUUUAUUGGAAUGUAGAACACAUUAUGAGUUAAUAACUGGGCCAAACGACUUCAUUAUAGAAAAUAAUUUUUCAAAUGUCUCCAAAUCUUCACCAUAGGAGUGACUUUUAGUAUAAACUGUGAUGGAAUGUCUUUAUUUCAAGACUGUGGUUUUAUAAUUAUAUUUUUUUUUUCCAUGAGUUUGGUCUUAAGCAGGGGUGUCAAACAUAUGGCCCGUGGGUCAAAACCGGCCCGCGAGGGUGUUCAAAACCGGCCUGCUUGAUGAUUUUUGAAAACAAAAAAAAUACAUAAACACUGUUGUUCAGGAGAUUUUUUGAAAAUUAUAUUUAAUUAAAAAUUAUUAAAUAAUCAUAAAUAUCUAAUAUACGUGUACGUCUUUGCCUGAAACUGGGGAAAACAUGGAAUGAUUGUUAUUUGUAGUUAAUGAUUGAACUGGUCCGCUCCUCUUGAAAUCUAAUUAUGUAAGUAUGCGGCCCAUGAACCAAUAGAAGUUUGACACCCCUGGUCUAAAGAGGUUUUUUUUUUUUUUUUCUGGUCUGGGAUCUUCACUGUAAACAACACUGGUAGCAUAGCAUUGCUUCACUCUGUUUAAAAGGUGGUGGUAAGGUGGUAAUUGUUUUAUUUUUUCUAUUUUUGAUGUUCUUGUAUGAAGUACUGAGUCUAUUGGUUUUACUAACAUUCAGACACUGGGUGCCCUGAAACAUCAGUGGGAACAAAACCUACAAAAACUGAAGCCCUUUGACAUUAUUCUAAAAUAUUAUCUUACCAAAUAUUACAAACUAGGCCUUGGUUUACAGCCACAUCUCAAGUUAACUUUACAUUGUCCUUUUUUCUUACUGAGUGUUAAAACUCCUUUAUUCAAUAAAACAAGGAAAUCUGAAAGUAUUAGACAAGUAGGGCUUCAUACCUAUGACGCAGUAAUGGGGUCACAUUGGGAAUGAAAAAAAAAAGUUUGAGAUUAGAAUUAUGCAUUUACUGUAUGUGAAAAAAGUUGUAAAUUUAUGAAAAAUGAUCAAAGUUCAAGUCAAAAUAUGAGUAUAAACAGAAAAAGAUGAGAAACUAGCCAGAACACUGGAGCCGACGGUGAUGUGAUGGUGAUGAUCUAUUCUAGAAGAAGUAGUUUCUCCUUAUCUGUGAUCCCAAUACUAAAGUUUAACUUCAUAAGAUUCUCUGUGUUUCUCAUUCUGACAACAUUAUGGUUAAAGCUGUGUGCUUUUCUCUCGUCUGCCCCGAAAUACAUCAUCACUGAAACUUAAAACGAGUAAACUUACAACUUCAUUCUUGUAAAUCUAUUAUUUUAGUCUUGUAAGCUUCUUUUUUCCCCCUCUAUGUUCCUAUAAUUUAGGGAUGUCCAAUAUUAUUGGCUGACUGAUAAUAUUGGCUGGUAUUAGAGCAAUAUAGUAAUAUCUGUAAGAUACGUGAUUUCUUUCACAAAAUGACAUGUGCCCUAAAAAUAGAUUAACGCCCUGGCGACAGACCAGUCAAAUAUUGCCAGGCGCUCAAUAGUAUAUAAUAUAAUUUGGGAGGGGUGGGAUGUGUGAAAAAAUUUCUUACCCCUAGGGGGCGCAUGGCUUUAACCCUUCACCUUAUUGAGCAGGCGGCACUUAACUUCCUUAACCAUCAGACCACCCCUGUCACUCUAUAUCAGUAUUUGGACAAUAUUGGCAUAUUGGAUAUCGGCAAAAAGUUAAUAUUGAACAUCCCUACUGUCAUUCCAUAAUUUUAGACAUUUUUUUCUAUUCUCAGUGUGGCUCUAAGACUUCAUCGUACAUAAGAUUACAGGUUUGUAAAAUAGAUGAAAAGUAUUUUAUAUUGCUACGCUUUUUGUUGUUCGGGAAACCUAAAGUUCUACUUCGUCCCUGCUGGAUGCCAUAUUUUCAGUGUUUUCAACUCAGCAAUUGCAACAUCUGUGACGUUUUGGUGAAAAUACUGGACUUUAAUUUGUCCGUAAAAAAUUGUUUAUUAACCAUUGAUCCGGAUGAGAUCUAUUACCUUUUGUAUCUGCAGGAGCCGGUUAUUGAAACGCUAACGUUUUGACUUAAAUAACAAUCACCUCAUGCAUUAAAAGUUCUUUCUGCCUUACUGAGAGUAAGAGACAGAAAAUGAAUACUAACAGUCGUAUGACUCAAAUGAGCCUUAAAAUGAACAUUGACCACCACACAGUUCACACACUGUUGGCUUAACACAGAGUAAUGAGGAAACGCCUGUGUUUAGGCUGUUCUUAAUAGGAAAACCCUUCGUUCUUUAAUCCUAGUAUUGAAACCAAUCUCUUAGAUCCUCUGAUUUUAGGCAAAAUACUUAAUAUCCUAAACAGCAAAAUACUGUACAUCCAGAGCAAGGUUUUAUUAGGCCUGCAUGCAGUAAUGAUGUAGGGGCAUUUAGAGGCCUAAUCAGUGUAGCCAGACUGGAGGCCCCUUCUUUAUCCUGGCUCUAAUGUAGAGCUAGAAUACAGUGGAAUUCAUUCCAAAUACUGGGCCGGACAAGGUCAUCAAGGUCAACGAGGGCAGAAGAGAUUGACUUUGUGAUAUGAUGUAGCCCACAAGCUUGGAUUUCUGAUGUGGAUGUUGAAAGUUGAUCUUUUCCCUCACUGGGCCAACAUAACAUAGCCCAAAUUAUGGAUGCUUGCAGAUCAGAUGUGGGCCACCAGGGGCCUAUACUUCAGUGCUAAUGUACAAGUUAGCAAGGUAACAACGUUACUGUGUGGGAUACACUAAAAAUAACUGAAAAUACAAAUAUAUGUACGUAACAUAAAAAAACUACUACGAGAACACGCCUACUCUGAGGUGGACGUCAAAUUAAAAACUGGUGUAAGAAAGAAGUUUACCUUUUAAUGUGGGGUUUGUAUAUAAUGUUUUUUUGGGGGGGGGCCGCGGGGGUAAAAUGAAAGUGUGUGUACAUUAAUUUUGUAUGGCAGAGAAAAUGUUUAGUUUGAGCGUGUGACAUCUAUGACUGUGGUUGUCAUGAUGAAGUGGCCUGCUGUGGAAAAAAGAAAACCCAAUUGAAACGAGUCAGUUGUUUUUUGUACAGGUUGUGUUUAUGUUCGAGAAGAGAUGUUCAAAAUAAAUAGGACACAGUUGGUAACGU